GGCCGUGGCGCGGCCGCUGCGGCGGCGGCUGCUGGGGGGGCGCUGACGGGGCCCCCGGGAGCUUCCCCGCGGCGCGCCCGGGCCUCCGGGCUCUCCUCCGGCCGAGAGGACGCGGCUGUGCUACGAAGACCGAGUGUGGACAGUAAUGACCUCACGUUUCCGAUUGCCUGCUGGCAGAACCUACAAUGUACGAGCAUCAGAGUUGGCCCGAGACAGACAGCAUACGGAGGUGGUUUGCAACAUCCUUCUCCUGGAUAACACUGUACAAGCUUUCAAAGUUAAUAUUAGGUAUGUUACUCAUCACCUUCAAAUGGACUUUUCAGCUGUAUAUAUGCAUAAACAUGAUCAGGGGCAAGUUCUGUUGGAUAUAGUCUUCAAGCAUCUUGAUUUGACUGAGCGUGACUAUUUUGGUUUACAGUUGGCUGAUGAUUCUACAGACAACCCAUCUUAUUUAUUUAUUUUUCAGAGGUGGCUGGAUCCAAACAAACCAAUAAGGAAGCAGCUAAAGAAACUGCUCUUAUUAAUUCUAGGAGGAUCUCCUUACAGUUUGAACUUUAGAGUCAAAUUUUUUGUAAGUGACCCCAACAAGUUACAAGAAGAAUACACAAGGUACCAGUAUUUUUUGCAAAUUAAACAAGACAUUCUUACUGGACGAUUGCCCUGUCCUUAUAAUACUGCUGCCCUUUUGGCUUCAUUUGCUGUUCAGUCUGAACUUGGAGACUACAAUCAGUCAGAUAACUUGUCAGGCUACCUCUCAGAUUAUUCUUUCAUUCCUAAUCAACCUCAAGAUUUUGAAAAAGAAAUAGCAAAAUUACAUCAGCAACAUACAGGUUUAUCUCCCGCAGAAGCAGAAUUUAAUUACCUGAACACGGCACGUACCUUAGAACUCUAUGGAGUUGAAUUCCACUAUGCAAGGGAUCAAAGUAACAAUGAAAUUAUGAUUGGAGUGAUGUCAGGAGGAAUUCUGAUUUAUAAGAACAGGGUACGAAUGAAUACCUUUCCAUGGUUGAAGAUUGUAAAAAUUUCUUUUAAGUGCAAACAGUUUUUUAUUCAACUUAGAAAAGAAGUGCAUGAAUCUAGAGAAACAUUAUUGGGAUUUAAUAUGGUGAAUUACAGAGCAUGCAAAAAUUUGUGGAAAGCAUGUGUAGAACAUCACACAUUCUUCCGUUUGGACAGACCACUUCCACCUCAAAAGAAUUUUUUUGCACAUUAUUUUACAUUAGGUUCAAAAUUUCGGUACUGUGGAAGAACUGAAGUCCAGUCAGUUCAGUAUGGCAAAGAAAAAGCAAAUAAAGACAGGGUAUUUGCAAGAUCCCCAAGUAAGCCCUUGGCACGGAAAUUAAUGGAUUGGGAAGUAGUAAGCAGAAAUUCAUUAUCUGAUGACAGGUUAGAAACACAAAGCCUUCCAUCACGGUCUCCACCUGGAACUCCUAAUCAUCGAAAUUCUGCAUUCACACAAGAGGGAACCCGGUUACGUCCGUCUUCAGUUGGUCAUUUGGUAGACCAUGUUGUUCAUACUUCCCCAAGCGAAGUAUUUGUAAAUCACAGAUCUCCAUCUUCAACACAAGCUAAUAGCAUCGUUCUGGAGUCAUCACCAUCACAAGAGACCCCUGGAGAUGGGCAGCCUCCAGCUUUACCACCCAAACAAUCCAAGAAAAACAGUUGGAACCAAAUUUAUUAUUCACAUUCUCAACAAGAUCUGGAAAACCAUAUUAGUGAAACAUUUGAUGUUCCAUCUUCUCCUGAAAAAUCUACUCCUAAUGGUGGUAUUCCACAAGAUAAUCUUGUUCUAAUCAGAAUGAAACCUGAUGAAAAUGGAAGGUUUGGAUUCAAUGUAAAGGGAGGAUAUGAUCAGAAGAUGCCUGUGAUUGUGUCUCGAGUAGCACCAGGAACACCUGCUGACCUCUGUGUCCCUCGAUUGAAUGAAGGGGACCAAGUUGUACUGAUCAAUGGUCGGGACAUUGCUGAACAUACCCAUGAUCAAGUUGUCCUGUUCAUUAAAGCUAGCUGUGAGACACAUUCUGGGGAACUCGUACUCCUGGUUCGACCUAAUGCUGUAUAUGAUGUAGUGGAAGAAAAGCUAGAAAAUGAGCCAGACUUCCAGUACAUUCCUGAGAAAGCCCCACUAGAUAGCAUCCAUCAGGAUGACCAUUCCCUGCGGGAGUCAAUGAUUCAGCUAGCUGAGGGGCUUGUCACUGGAACAGUCCUUACACAAUUUGAUCAACUGUAUCGGAAAAAACCUGGAAUGACAAUGUCUUGUGCCAAAUUACCUCAGAAUAUUUCCAAAAAUAGAUACAGAGAUAUUUCGCCUUAUGAUGCUACACGGGUCAUUUUAAAGGGUAAUGAAGACUAUAUCAAUGCAAAUUAUAUAAAUAUGGAAAUCCCUUCUUCUAGCAUUAUAAAUCAGUAUAUUGCUUGUCAAGGGCCAUUACCACACACUUGUACAGAUUUUUGGCAGAUGACUUGGGAACAAGGCUCCUCAAUGGUUGUAAUGUUGACCACACAAGUUGAACGUGGCAGAGUUAAGUGUCACCAGUAUUGGCCAGAACCCACAGGAAGUUCAUCCUAUGGAUGUUAUCAAGUCACCUGCCACUCAGAAGAAGGAAACACAGCCUAUAUCUUCAGGAAGAUGACACUGUUUAACCAAGAGAAAAAUGAGAGUCGUCAACUCACUCAGAUCCAGUACAUAGCCUGGCCUGACCAUGGAGUUCCUGAUGAUUCAAGUGACUUUCUGGAUUUUGUUUGUCAUGUACGAAAUAAGAGGGCUGGCAAGGAAGAACCAAUUGUUGUUCAUUGCAGUGCUGGAAUUGGAAGAACUGGGGUUCUUAUUACUAUGGAAACAGCCAUGUGUCUCAUUGAAUGCAAUCAACCAGUUUAUCCACUAGACAUUGUAAGAACAAUGAGAGAUCAACGAGCCAUGAUGAUCCAAACACCUACUCUGAAUUAUAUUCCAAGAAUCAAAAGAGGAAUCAAGUUUAUCUUUGGAUAGAUUCCCAGAAGUGGGAUUGCUGGGUGAAAGAGUCAAUACAGAUUUGUUUGUGAAGCUAUUUUGAAAGUUUAUGAAGAAGGAUUUGUUAAACCCUUAACGACAUCAUCAAAUAAAUAAGAAAGCAAAAAUCUGGGACAUGUGUCAGAAGAUUGCUUUCUGUUAUAUUCACUGUGCCAUAAUUCUGCUUGCAGGAAAUGGCAUUUAGACAAAACAAAUGAAGAACUAACAAAAACUGAAAACUUCAGCACUGUUGCACUUUAUGUUUAAGAAAAUGUCACUCUCUCAAAAUCUGUAAUUCACGUGUUUGAAGACUAUUUCAUGCUUUGCUCCGAACAAAUAGUGAAUAACUGAGUAUGUUCAGGGUAAUUUAUGAAAUUUGUGGUGGUGCCAUGCAGUCCCCUUCUGGUAGAAUUGCCACAAACAAGGCUCAGAAUUCUCAUCAUCUCUGUUAUACAUCUGUAUCUUGAAAGCAAAAAGAAGUAAACAUCAGGAGUCAGCUCUGGUGUUUCCCAGUGAUUCAUGUACUUAUUACUAUACUGGUUACCAGAUUUUUAUUUUUUAAAUUUUAGCAAUAUCAUUCUCAAUAUUAGCCAAUACACUGCCUAUGGAUGCAGCACAUCUUUCCCUGUACUCCCCCUGUAGAGACCUGCUGUUCAUGAGAAGAAAGAUGGAAUUUGCUUUUCCCAGGAAAUGCUGCACAUUGUCCAUUUACCAGCAUCUUAUAGAAAGUAUAAAUAUGAAUCUACAGAUUUUCUUGAAUUUAAUAAUGUAACAUAUUUAUCAUAAGGUUGGCUUAUUCCAAAUCAUGUGAUUUCACAUUCUUGAUGUAAAGGAAUGCAUGCAUUGUGUCUUAACCCCUUAAGUGCCUUGAGACAUCUUUGUAUGUCUAAUGAAAAGGCACUCAUUUGACCCCACUAGGAGGUAUAUAUAUGUAUAUUGUACAUUUACAUUUGUAUGCAUUUUGAAUCAGUUCACAUUUUAAAACAUAGCUUCUUGUAUGAAGAGUUACGCAUUCAAAAAAGGGUAUGGAAAUUAUUUCUUACUCAAUUCCUGUAUUUUGCCACAAGAAAAAAAAGAUGAUUUGCGUUCUACUGAGUGAGUGCGCUGCUGCUACGGAAUUAUUGAAAAUCUGCACAUUCCUUUCCCGGGGGACAAGGGUUACAGUUUAGCAGCUCAAGUCAAAAGAUGCUUUAUUAAUCAAAUUUUCUAUUUAUUUUAUCCCUAACUUUAGGAAUGGCACCUAAUAUGCAUAUUAAAGUUAAACAUAUUAAUAUUUUCAGCUAAAGUUAGAACAGUUCAUUGUGAUUUAUUUCUACCAGUGUUUAAAUUAUUACUCUAAAGCAUUCAUUUCAGUUCACUUCAAGUUUUGUUCACUCUGGUCUGUUGGUUGGGAUACUUCAAACAAGGAAUAAAAUGUUACUGAUUUAUUUUUGAAUCUAAUCCCUCAACUGAAAUGAGGGUUUUGUUGUAAUUUUCACAUAUAAUUAAAUUACUCCAGUUCAUAUAUACUUAUUAAGUUAUAAGCAUGUUAAUAUGGAGAGUUUUGAUUGUCCAUCCUGAUAGAAGAUCUGAUUCCCUUUAAGGAUGUGUAUAUUUUCCUUGUCAGGAUUUUUUUUUAAGUCUAUGGAGAGAGAGAAUGUUAAAAUUGCCCAGUAAGAUUCAUUUCCUAGUGAUUUCUGAAUACUUCUGUGUAGUCUUGAUAAAACUUAGAAUUGAAUAGUAGGUAUUUUGGAAUGCCAUUUAGUAUGAGAGGGGAGAAAAAAAAAUCUUCAAUGUAAUCGAAAUGAUGUUAUUUCAAAUAUUCAGAAUCCAUAAUAAUAAAUUUUAGGAAGUUAAGUCCUAAACAUUAAUAGCCAAGAUACCAAAUAAAUUAUUAUAUUCAAAUAUAUUAAUUUUUUAAGAGAAAAGUAACAUAAACAUUAUGUCAGAAAUUCUCUUAUCCCUGUAUUUCCCAGCCAAGACAGUAUAAAUUAGUAAAUAACUAUAGUCUUAAUUGAACAUUCCAUUCUCUACCAACAGAUAAAUAUAAUUUAGGCUGCUAUAUGAUACCAUGGUAAGUUGAAAAGUGAACAAGUAAAAUCAUGUUGGGAGUCUACGUAAUUAAUAACUGUUUGACAGUUUUUACCUGAAUUAAAAAGAAAAUCUGUUCUAACUGUAUGGACAGAAUAUGACAACCAUAGAUUAAAAAGAUACAGUUGUAUAGAUAUAAACAAAUAAAUAUCAUGGGUGGUAUGUUCUUUAACGUACAACUUUGUUUACACUUCUGAGAUAAACUCUAAUAAUUUGUUGGCAAUGAACAUUGCUGCCUUUUUUAAUCAUUAUUCCAGUCUUUAAAUGAUAAAUAUUAGAAGUUCAGAAUCACACUUAAAUUUCUCACAUAUGGAUUUUUCAUCUGGGAGCUACUCUCUGUCGGUAUUUUUAUGUAUAGAUCCUUUUUUAAAGACAUUUUUAUUAGGGUCUUAAAUUUAAAAUAAAUUAUCCUUCACAGCUUCUUCAAAUGGAUAUGCUAAUUAUACUUUUCUGUUUACCAAACAAAUAAGACUUUAUCCAUUAUACCUAAGAAUUUUUUAACCUGUUUAUCAAUCUACAUAAGGUUCUAGGAAUAAUCCUAGCUUUAAUAUGCCAAGUAGUUCUAGAUUCCAUUUAUAUUGGUAUAAUAUUGUAUAAUAAAAUGUCAAAUUUCUUCUAUCUGAAGUACUCUUGCCCUCCUUCCCUAACUCCCCUAUUCUCUCAUCUCCCCCUCCAACACACUCUAGAAAUCAAUGCAGACUGUUAUUCUCACAAGUGGAAAUAGGAAUUGGUGAAUCAAGGGGCUUUGUAAAUGCUAACAAAUGUUUGUGAAAACCUUUCCUCUCUGAUUUAAGAUGGUUUUACCAUGUUCAUUUCAAAUGUUUUAUUGAGCAUCAGAUUUGUGUUAGCACUAUGUACAUAGCAUGAGGAAUAUUUUGGAAUAGACUUUACAUUCACAAGAAGAAUUGGUAGUAUUUGUUAAACAACUGCAUCCAUUCAAAAUAGAGGCCAACUAAAUGGUGUAAGAAAUAACUUCCUUUGUGUGGCCUGCUAGCACAAGUAUGAAGGGGGUAAGGGGCUAAUCGUUUUUGAUUAAGAGUAAAGAGAAAAUUUAUAUAUAAAAACUGACUUCAAACGUAGAGGUAUGGUAAGCCAUUAAGACAGUUGAUUGAAGGUUUCAGGUACUAAUAUAUACACUUUAGUGUGUUUAUAUAUUUGUGUGUUUUAUAAAGGCUGAUACUAACGAGGGGUGAAGAAUUAUUUUAAUUAUAGAGUUGUUUAAAAUCUGUUGGCAGGUCUGAUCAGAUCUAAUCAGGUAUUUGAGCAGAAGUCUCCUGUCUCCAUUAGAAAUACUCUAACUUGAGAGCUGAAAGGAAUUUGAAUGAUUUUAUCUAAACUCACCUCCUCCUAUUAUUUUAGGCAACAUAUAUGAGUAUCAUAAAUUCUUGUGAAUUUUAGUCUGUUUCACCUCAAGAAUUAUACUCAGGCAGUGUUUUCACUUAAUAACUAUGAUGACCUUAGAGGAUGUUGCUUAAUUUAGAAAAUAAAUAGGCUUUAAAAGGUGUUCCUAAUUAGGACCCUGACUCAGUUUGCUAGUCAUGCUUCCCUGAUAGAGCAUAAACUUUUGUAAAGUAUUUAGGCUGAUACACAUGCAGUAUGAAAACAUUCUGAAAAGUCAAUUAGAAGACUAAUUUUUAAAAGCACUUAAAACAUAGAACUAGGAUUUAGAAUAUAUGUCCACUUAUAAUCAAAUAAUUUAUGUUCAUAAUGUGGUAGAAUUAAAGCAUUACUUAUUUUAUAAUCUUAUCAGGAAGAGAGAAAGAAACAAUUUUUAACAAUGUUCUAUUUAAUACCUGUGUUUUGAAUAUUUAAGAUAUUCUGAUAGUAAGGUUGCCAAAGUAGUUUUGAAUUCAUAAAAAUUAUUUAUACCACAAUAAGGUGGGAUAUGUUUACAUCUCUUAUUUUGUAGUUUAGGUGAAUUUACAUUUAAGUCACUUAGAGUAAAUACAUUAUGGUAAAUAUUUGUUGAAGUAAACAUCUCAAUAAUAUGACAUGAAAAAGAUGGAUUAUGUCACAGCUGGCUUUUAUGCCAUAUCAACAAAGUAGCUACACCACAUUUGCUUUAGCUGUCCAAUCACAAUUUCUGCAGUCAUUUUUGUGUGUGUGUCAUUUCCUCCAAGUAAAACAGUUAUGUUAUUAAAACUCACUGCAUUUUCUCAAAUAUCAGGAUUGAUGAUCUAAUGGCAAAGAUUUAUUGGUGUCUCCGUGUGAACACAACAUAAGUUAUAGAAAUUGUUUAUAAAUUUCUUAGUGAAUUGUAUAGCUACAAAGGAAUUUACAUAAUAAAACAUUUUUGCGAGCUAACUGCUAAUAGAUAAGUUCAGCCAUUUUAUACAGAGCCCAUGAAAUUAACUCCUAAAAUGUAUUUUUGAGGUUCAGCUUACUUUACAAUGUCUACAACUAUUAUCAAAAUAAUUUUUUAUCACCGACUUAAUUUAUUCUUUUUUUCCAACUUCAUUUUUUUUGUUCAUUUAUUCUUAGUAGCAAUUAGUACAGCAAGCCUUUUUCAGUGUUACCAAAACAAGUCCUCUAUCAGUCAGAAAUUAGACAUUUUAACUUCAUAAGGUUGGUGAAAUUGUCCUGGGUAGACACCAAAUAGUUUUUUCGGUUUCCAUUUCUAAAUUUGCUGCUAUUUGUAUGUUUUUCUACUGCAGUUUUUUUUUUUUUCUACUGCAGUUUACUGCUGAUUUCUAAACUUUUAUAGUCAAUUGUUAUUUUUACUUUAGCAAUCCAAGCUAAAUGGGCAGCCAGAAGAGGUAUCUACUGGGGUGCAAUCCAUCAACAUUGAGUAGAAGUGGUUCCAUGCAUAAAGGAGAAAACCGUAUAUUAUUUUUUAAUUUUCAAAGUGAGAGGUAUUAGCAAUAUUGCAAGUUAAAGACUACAAUUUUAGUUGGAAGUCCUAAUGUUUAACUUCCUAAAACCUUUUAAAUUUCCAAUAAAAGAAUGAAAAUGUUUAAAAGCCUUGUGUUCAUAAAAGUUUCAGUUAAGCACUGUAGAAUUUUCCUACUUACUGUUGUGUAAAUGAUACAGAAAAUAUUUUUCUAUGGACAAGAGAUUGAAACUGGUAACUUCUUUUACUUCAUUGUGUAAAAAGAAUGAUAUUUGUAUGUCUUUCAUGCUGUAAAAGAAUGAAUGUAUCUUUGAAAUGUUACUAGAAUUAUGACUUGAUUCUAAGGAUACUCUCAAAAAAAUCGGCAAGGGAGUGGAAAAAAGGAAAGGAAGUGUAUUCUAUUUCAUGAUAUAAAAUGCAACUUUGGAAGAAAAAUGUAAUUUUCAUUAUAAAUGAGCAGUCGUUACUGAAGCAUAUUUCAAAUAUAAUGUACAUUCUUUUUCACUUUGUUUUAUUUUAGCUCUAGAACAGAAAAUUUCAAGAAAAUUUGUGCUAUUUUUAAGUGUAAAAUACUUGUAGACUUCUGGAGUAUGGAAGGGUGUUUUUGUGUGAGGGUAAACAUUCUGCUGCAUGUGUUUACCAUGAAGGAAAGUUCUCAGGCAUUGUCACUGUGGCAGCCACAAAUGAGGACAUCGUUGUGAGUGUGACUUUAGUGAAGCCAGAAAUCUGUGCCUCUGAUUUACUACAGUAAAUAUGUGCAGAGGCCCCUGACAAGUAAUUUUGCCUUUUUAUUAUCCGUAUCUUGGACAGAUGAGACCACUCGGUCCAGUUCUGACUUGUAACAGUGGUGUCUUAGAUGCUUAAGAGUUCAUUGAUUCCGAUGAAUGACAACAAAAACCCUACAUUUUUAGUCCUCUUUUAGGCAUAUUUAAUUUGUUCAACAGUCUCUUUAAAGGGUAGUAUUUAUUAUUUACCACUCCUUAAACUCGACGUAAUGGGGCCUUCAUUAUUUUGACUUCUCCCAUUCCUCCAACUUUUAUAAAUCAUUGAUUUCAUUUCAUAGUAGUCUUUGUGAAGUAAAUACCCUGAACAACUGUUUAACUAUAGUUAAGAGAUUAAUAUCAGGCUCCAUCAACCCUGAGAAUUUCCGAAAUUUAGCAAAUAUUAUGAUAACUUUAACUGAAAUGCCACCUUGCUAAAUGAAAUUAUCACCAUAAAGUCCAGGAGGAUCAGCCCAGUUUACAAUCUUAGACACAAAUAGGUGCUGACCUCUGUUUUGCCCAAAUCCAUUUGUCACAACUGAGCCCAUUUUACCUUUUAUUUAAAACCUUUUUGAUUUUUAUUCCUGAGUUAUGUUAACAGUUUUUUUACCUUUCCUGGCAAGAAAAUUUCAGUCCAGUUCUGGGAUUAUCUGGCACCCAUCUUUUCCAAUCCUUUGGUGAAUUCACAAGAUUAUCCAGUCUUGUAUCCUGUAGAGUAGGUCAAAUUUCAAUGCUGAAAUGGAUUUCUUGAAUUUUAAAUAGUAGCACUUUAUUUCAUGCUUACUACUGACUUAAUUUAUACAUUUAAAAAUAAAAUCUAGGAGUUUUGUAAAUAUGGAAAAACUAAUGAAUUAGUAUGUAGAGCUCAUUGGAUUGGACCCAAGUAAAAUGCUUUACAAUGAUCUCUUGAUCUUUUGAUAUUUAAAAGGCAACUUGUAUGAUUUUAGCUUUGCCACUUUUCUGUAAUUUAUUUAGUAAAGACUACCCAGUUGACUGUUUUGUACUCUGAGUUCGCUCAGCUAGCUUCAACCAGGUUUGGUUUACAGUAAUCAUUUCUGCUUUGCAUUUUUUGUACAUUACAUGAAUAUUUGGAAAUCCAUUUAUGUGAUUUUAAGUCAUAGGUAGGGGUUAAGUUAAUACUGCACCACAAGUAAGUUGAAGAGGGCAAAGUCCUGACACAAUCUACUUGUCAAGGGUCAGGAUUUAAGACACUAAAAACAGUUUACAUUAAGCUGUUUUUGUUUUCUAUCAUUAGAAUAUAUGUGCUUAAAAAAAUAAAAACUGUCCAACCCAGUGUUCUUAGAGCAUCAGGACAUUGCAAUUACAAUCCAUAUUGUAAUCUUUUCAAAUGAGAAAAGCUAGUCUUUAUUUUCUACAGUGUAGGCUUAAUUUUAGGACAGAUAAUUUGCUAUAUACUCAUUAGUGGUAUUUUUAAGUAGUAGUUUUACAAAUAUUUCUAUGUAGAGGGUGUAUGGGAUUUUUUUUUCUUGUAACAGGUGCUAUAUGUAAAUAUGAAGGGCGAAAGUCACUUAGUUAAAAGUCUAGUUUAUUUCGUAAUUAAAAUAUAGUUUUGCAUUUCUGCUGUCAUUUCACGUUUGAUAAUACUGAACUAGUAGCUCUCCCCCCAUUUCUCAAAAAUAGCUCUUUCCAUAUCCUUUGUUUCCAUAAAUAAGAGGUAAAGAAACUUAGGGUUUAUUUAAAAUGUGUAAGCUUGAAUUUGGUCAAUACUGGAUAAUUUGAAAUCAUACUCUGCAUCUGUCAAUACAGCUUACUGUAUGCUUGAAAGGCCUUGUGUAUUUGUCUUAAUUUCAGUGAAAAAUUAGAAUUCCUGCAGUUCAUUCAUGUAAAAAAAAAAUCUAUGAAUACUAACAGAGGAUAAAAAUGCCGAUUUGCAUUAAAACUGUUUAGUCCUAAGAGCGAUUUAUGUGAUGUGAAAUACUAUUACACAUAUUUGUUGACCAUAUUUCAUUUUUUUAAUUGAGAAAUAGUUGUUCAGGUACAAACGUGAAAAAACUCUAGCUGUGACUUUAACUGUUCAAUUGCAAAAUAAAGAUGUGCUUUAGUAAUUUAAA